UUUCAGAUGUAAUUUUGAAAGUAGCCGCAAUAUUAACAGUUAAAGGUGGGACUGGUUCGAUCCUGGAAUACACUGGUCCAGGAGUUGAAUCGAUUUCUUGUACAGGCAUGGGAACAAUUUGUAACAUGGGAGCAGAAAUUGGAGCAACUACUUCCAUUUUCCCAUAUAACAGAAGAAUGAGAGACUACUUGAUUGCAACACGAAGAGAAGAAAUAGCAAAUUUAUCAGAUCAGUACUACGAUCUAUUAACACCAGAUCCAGGAUGUGAAUAUGACAAAGUGAUAGAAAUCAACCUCGAUGAAUUGGAACCCCACGUAAAUGGACCAUUUUCUCCCGAUCUUGGACAUACGAUAUCUCAAUUGGGGAAAAAUGCUAAGAGGAAUGAUUGGCCGACAGAUGUCGCAGUUG